UUCCACCCACCCAAAAGGAGACACACUCAUAAACAGCAGGCAGACUGAGUGAGACUCAGAAAGACACAGAAUCUCAAGGUAGCACCAGUUCAAACAGCGAGGCAGCCAGAAACAGGGUUUCAUUGAGAGAAGCUGUUUUAUUAAAGGGCAGGAAAAGUCACACACUCAAACAGACACACACACUAACAAACACAGCAUACCACACAGACAGACAAGCGAGGACCGGCUAAACCCAAGAAACACAACCAUUAGUCUUUUAGGACACAGUGUCUCUCCCCCCGUCACACAUACAUACACCCACCGGUGCUGUUGCAGAGAGUCUGUGCUACCCAUUGUGAGGAGCAGUGCUGAUCGAGCCCAACAAGUGGAGCAACAGGGAGGAAGGAGCCAACGAGUGGAUGGAUGCCUUUUGCAGACUCAGUGGCCUGGACCCUCUGUGGGACUGGAACCGUACAUGGUACACAGCCAACCCAGACCUAACCCAGUGUUUCCAGAACACAGUGCUGGUGUGGGUCCCCUGUAUCUAUCUGUGGUUGCUGGCCCCUUUCUACUGUCUUCAUCUCUACUGCCAUGACCGCGGACACAUUCAAAUGUCCUGCCUCUGCUCUGCCAAGAUGGUGUUGGGUUUCCUGCUGGCUUCAUUUGGCUUUGUGGAGUUCUUCUACAUCCUGUUGGAGAGGAGCCAGGAUAUCCAACACCACAUGGUCUUUCUGCUCAGCCCUAUUAUACGCAGCCUGACUGUGAUCCUGGCCAUGUGCAUCAUCCAGUUGGAAAGAAUAAGAGGCUGUCGUUCCUCUAUAUUCCUCUUCCUGUUCUGGGUCUUGGCUGUUGUUUGUGCUCUGGUGCCCCUAAGAGCAAAGAUCCAGCUAGCCAUGGAUGAGGGCAUCGCCUCUGAUAUUGUACGAUACCUCGCCUUCUUCUCCUACUUCACAAUCCAGUUGGCCCAGCUAUUCCUGUGCUGUUUUGCUGACCAACCUCCAGAGGGAAAAAUCAUCUCAGAAAAGAAUCCCUGUCCUGUGAAAGAUGCCUCUUUCCUGUCAAAGAUCCUCUUCUGGUGGUUCACUGGACUUGUCGUAAAAGGAUAUCGCACCCCACUGGAAGCAGGGGAUCUGUGGACCCUAAGGGAGGAAGACACAUCACAAAAGAUCAUCUCAGAUCUGGAACAGGACUGGACAGCUGAAUGUGCUAAACUUCAAAAGCAGGAGAAAGCCUUGGCAUCAGGUGUGGCGCUGGGAAGCCGACUGCCAGAGCAGGCUCAGCUCCUCAGGAAGUUGCAAAAGGAGCAAAGCUCUGGCUUCUUCCUCCUCAGAACACUGGCACGCAAAUUCGGCCCGUACUUCCUGACUGGCACUCUGUGUAUCAUAUUCCACGAUGCCUUCAUGUUCGCCAUCCCUCAGGUGCUAAGUCUUCUGCUGGAUUUCAUGAGAGAUGAAGAUGCACCACUGUGGAAGGGCUAUUUCUACGCCACGCUAAUGUUCCUCCUCUCUUGCCUUCAGUCCCUCUUCAACCAUCAGUACAUGUAUACUUGCUUCACAGUGGGAAUGAGGGUGAAGACAGCUGUCAUGGGCUUGGUUUACAGGAAGUCUUUGGUGAUAAACAGCUCUGCCAGAAGGACUUGCACUGUGGGCGAGAUUGUGAAUCUGGUUUCAGCAGACACUCAGAAGCUCAUGGACUUUGUGGUGUACUUUAAUGCUGUCUGGCUGGCUCCAAUUGAGAUUGCGCUUUGUCUCUUCUUCCUCUGGCAGCAUCUUGGCCCAUCAGCUCUGGCAGGAAUUGCCACUGUCAUUCUCAUUUUUCCACUCAACGGGUUCAUUGCAAAGAAAAGAAGCAAGCUGCAGGAGAUUCAAAUGAAGUUCAUGGAUGGCCGUAUCAGACUGAUGAAUGAGAUCUUGAAUGGGAUAAAAAUCUUGAAGUUUUAUGCCUGGGAGAAGGCCUUCCUGGAGCAGGUUUUGGGCUACAGAGAAAAGGAGCUCAAGGCUCUGAAGAAGUCUCAAAUUCUCUACUCCAUCUCCAUCGCAUCUUUUAACUCCUCUUCUUUCUUGAUUGCUUUCGCCAUGUUUGGAGUCUAUGUGAUGCUUGAUGACAAGAACGUCCUGGAUGCACAGAAGGUCUUUGUCUCCAUGGCGCUAAUCAAUAUCCUGAAGACUCCACUCAGUCAGCUUCCAUUUGCAAUAAGCACAACCCUGCAGGCUGUAGUCUCACUGAAACGUCUGGGGAAGUACCUGUGCUCAGAAGAACUGAAAAUGGAGAACGUCUCAAAGGCACCACUGAGCUCUGACGGAGAAGAUGUGGUCAUAGAAAACGGCACUUUCAGUUGGUCUGCAGAGGGUCCUCCAUGUCUUAAACGGAUCAGUGUCAGUGUACCUCGAGGCUCCCUUGUUGCUGUGGUAGGACCUGUAGGCAGUGGAAAGUCCUCGUUGUUGUCCGCUAUGCUUGGGGAAACGGAGAAAAGAAGUGGCCAAGUCACUGUCAAGGGUUCUGUGGCGUAUGUUCCCCAGCAAGCCUGGAUUCAGAAUGCCACAGUUCAAGACAACAUCAUAUUUGGCCGGGAAAAGCUGAAAACAUGGUACCACCGUGUGCUCGAGGCCUGUGCCCUGCUCCCUGACCUGGACAUCCUACCUGCUGGAGAUGCUACAGAGAUUGGAGAGAAGGGACUUAACCUCUCAGGCGGGCAGAAGCAGAGGGUCAGUUUGGCCAGAGCUGUCUACAGAAAGGCUGAUGUAUACUUGCUGGAUGAUCCGCUGUCUGCCGUUGAUGCACAUGUGGGUCAACACAUCUUUGACAAAGUCAUUGGACCAAAAGGAGUCCUUAGAGACAAGACCCGCAUCCUGGUGACCCAUGGGAUGAGCUUCCUGCCACAGGCCGACCUCAUCCUCGUCCUGGUAGAUGGAGAAAUCACAGAGAGUGGCUCUUACCAGGAGCUCCUCAGCCGCCAUGGUGCAUUUGCAGACUUCAUCCACACCUUUGCAAGCACAGAGAGAAAAGAGAGUGCCAUACAGCGAGCCGGUUCCAGGAGGUCUAAUGCUCGCCUCAGCAUGGUCGACUUCAUGCCAUUCUCCAGAGAUCUCUCACAGGAGCAGCUCAUUGGGGGUGACACCACUAAUACUAACCUGCAGAAUAUGGAGCCUGUGUCUGAAACAGACCAGGAACAAGUACCAGAGGACUUGGGAAAGCUCACUGAAGCUGACAAGGCACGCACUGGAAGAGUGAGAUUGGAUAUGUACAAGAAGUACUUCAAGACAAUCGGUUUGGCCAUCAUCAUUCCCAUCGUCUUCCUGUACGCCUUCCAGCAGGGCGCUUCACUGGCUUACAACUACUGGCUCAGCAAGUGGGCUGAUGAUCCUGUUGUUAACGGCACCCAAAUUGAUACAGACCUGAAACUGACUGUCUUUGGGGCCCUUGGGUUUGUGCAGGGUGUUGCUAUCUUUGGUACGACUGUUGCCAUCUCUAUCUGCGGGAUCAUCGCCUCUCGCCACUUGCACAUGGACCUCCUGAACAACGUGCUGCACUCUCCAAUGUCUUUUUUUGAGUCCACGCCAAGUGGCAACCUCCUGAACCGCUUUGCUAAGGAGAUUGACGCUAUUGACUGUAUGGUACCUGAAGGCUUGAAGAUGAUGCUAAGCUACGUCUUUAAGCUCAUGGAGGUCUGCAUCAUCGUGUUGAUGGCGACACCCUUUGCAGCCGUGAUCAUCCUGCCUCUGUCUUUCCUCUAUGCCUUUGUCCAGAGCUUCUACGUUGCCACAUCCUGUCAGCUGCGCAGGCUGGAAGCUGUGAGCCGCUCGCCCAUCUAUACCCAUUUCAAUGAGACGGUGCAAGGCGCCAGCGUCAUCCGAGCCUUCGGAGAGCAGUCCAGGUUCAUUCUGCAGGCUAAUGACAGGGUUGACUUCAAUCAGACCUCCUACUUCCCUCGAUUUGUGGCCACCCGGUGGCUGGCAGUCAAUCUGGAGUUUGUUGGUAAUGGUGUGGUCUUAGCUGCUGCCAUUCUCUCUGUGAUGGGGAAAAGCACCUUGAGCCCAGGCAUUGUUGGUCUGGCUGUGUCACAUUCCCUCCAGGUGACUGGAAUCCUGAGCUGGAUUGUGCGAUCUUGGACUGAUGUCGAAAACAACAUUGUUUCCGUUGAGAGGGUGAACGAGUACGCUGACACUCCUAAAGAGGCCAGUUGGAGUAUAGAGAGCAGCUCACUACCCCAGGCCUGGCCCCAGAACGGUACUAUAGAGUUCCAGGACUACGGACUGCAGUACCGUAAAGGCCUUGAGUUGGCUCUGAAAGGAAUUACUUUGCAUAUUCAUGAGCGAGAGAAGGUUGGAAUUGUGGGUAGAACUGGAGCAGGAAAAUCCUCACUUGCCCUGGGAAUCUUUAGGAUCUUAGAGGCAGCAAAGGGAAAGAUCUUUAUCGAUGGAGUCGACAUUGCUGACAUUGGACUCCAUGACCUCAGAUCGCGCAUUACUAUCAUUCCUCAGGAUCCUGUGCUGUUCUCAGGCUCCCUCCGGAUGAACCUUGACCCUUUUGAUACCUACACAGAUGAGGAGGUGUGGAGUUCACUGGAACUUGCUCACCUCAAAAACUUUGUAUCUAAUCUGCCUGACAAACUUAACCAUGAAUGCACAGAGGGAGGAGAAAACCUCAGUCUGGGUCAGCGUCAGCUCGUAUGCUUAGCCAGAGCCUUGUUGCGGAAAACCAAGAUCCUAGUUUUGGAUGAGGCAACAGCUGCUGUGGAUCUGGAGACCGACACACUCAUCCAGUCAACAAUCCGCACACAGUUUGAGGACUGCACUGUGCUGACCAUUGCUCACCGCCUUAACACAAUCAUGGACUACACCAGAGUUAUCGUCAUGGACAGAGGCCACGUUUCUGAGAUGGACUCUCCAGCCAACCUCAUCUCACAGAGGGGGCAGUUCUAUCGAAUGUGUCGGGAAGCCGGACUGGUCUAGGUCUCCGUUGGGCUUUGGCCAUAGAACUGAUGACCUGGUGUACAGAUGUGGCACCUUAUGCUUAUGGCUCUCCAACACACAUUAAUCUGGGCCAUUCCAAGCUUUGUGGCAGCUCCAAACACCUCUCUGUGAGGGCAUUGUCGAUGAAUCUCAAAAGCAUUUGUUGGUUUUUAACAGACAGACACACUGUCCCAAGUCAGGAAAAGACAUUGUUAACCUCAGAGGAUGAAAAUUAAACAGGAAUCCUAUACUGGAUAUUUGAGUCUCCAAGCUACAAAUGUUGUAUAUCGAUUAAUGGAGUCAGUUUAUUCCAUAAAAAGGAUUAAGCCAAAGGCUGGAAUGAAAGGGUACCACAAAUCUUAAGGAUUUUCAUUCUCUUUAAGAAUGGAAGCUAUAUUAUUUUUGUAGUUUUUUAAGUGUGUAUUUUUUUAUGUUUUCUCAGGCUUAAAUAUGGAUGUUUACUCACUCUUUUUUUAGCCUUGUAUACCAAAGAAGAGGCAAUUUUAUAAUUUUAAAAUGAUAGAAGUCUUAUUUUGUCUUCUUGUCUCAGAAACUGGGUCAGGAAAUUCUCUGACACACUAACCUUCAAAAGGUUCACUUUGGCAAAGGAUGGGGAAAUGAGGUUUGUACUGCAUUCAAAAUCUGAGCUUGGGGCAGCCAAUUUAGAGUUUUUAUAUGUCAGGGAAAAUGAGGAAAACAUUGAAGUGAGCCAACACAUUAGCAAUCGUCCAACUAUGUUGUGGCCAUUGUUUAUUUCUGUCAAAGUAAACACAUAAAAAAGUCAAUAGAGUCCUUUCUGGUCAGAUUUAACCUGACACCGGUAGUGAAAACCACCAUGAAUGAAGAGAAUGCCUCAUGAAAACAAUGGUGAUAAAUCUCUGUGUGAUUGUCUCUCAGAGUCUACCACACAGACCCAGGCCAUACACACACGGAGAAGAUAAAAAUCAGUGUUUGUUUGUUUUAUUUUUUAUGGUGCUGACAUGUUGAUUUUACUCUCUAUUCAAAGAAUGAACCCUAUGAACUUUUCAAGGAGAAGAAGCAUUUACUGUUUUGUCUUACUGGUUUAGACAAUAUAUUGUAAGAGAAACCCAAGUGUUUAUUUAUACCAUUUGACAAAAUGUAUUAAGUGUCCUUAAAAUUAUGAGGAUUAUAUUAUAUUUAUACUUUUUAUAACAAGCUUGAUCAUUUUCACUGACCUUUUACUGUUAAUGGCUUUUGUUCCAUACAUCAUGCUGGAAAAUAAAAUUUAUUUGACUCAA